AUAGGGACAGUAGCUAGCAAGAGAGAGAGAGAGAGAGAGAGAUGGGAGACGAAGAAGCAGGAAACCUAACAGCAGCAGCAACAAAGAUUAGGGUAUAUGUUGGAGGAUUGGGCGAGAGCGUGACCAGUGAUGAUCUGCGCAAGAUUUUUACGUCUAUGGGCGCCGUCAAUGGCGUCGAUAUCGUUAGAACCAAAGGCCGCAGUUUUGCCCACAUUGACUUCUUGCCAUCCUCUGAUAAGUCCCUCACCAAGCUCUUCUCCACGUAUAAUGGAUGUGUCUGGAAGGGGGGAAGGCUGAAGCUUGAGAAAGCUAAAGAAGAUUAUCUUUCACGCUUGAGACGGGAAUGGAAAGAAGAUGCUAAACUGGCAAGCAUUUCACCCAAUACCAGUGUUGACACAAUUAAAAAUGUUCCCUCUUCAGAAAAACCCAAAGAGACUUUGAAGUCAGAGAAGAAGCAGCUAAAGUUUUUCUUUCCUAAGUUACAAAAGGUGAAGUCAUUGCCUUUCAGUGGGACUGGAAAACACAAAUACAGUUUCCAGCGCGUAGAAGUUCCUGCACUCCCCACAUUUUUCUGUGAUUGCGAAGUACAUUCUGGCCCUUUGGUUGCUACAAAAGAAAGGAAUACAUGUAGUCUGGAGUCACAGGAUGUUGUGAUGAAUAAGGAAGAGAUUGAUGUGAUGAACUCAGUGAUGAACAAGCUCUUUCAGAGGGAAAAUGAUUUAACCAUUUUGCAUGGCAUUGCUGGACUGGCUAAAGAAGAAAACAACACUGUCAAACCAAUUGAAGAUCCACUCCCUGAUGUGAAUGAAAUGGAUCUUGAAGUAGAUGAAGAUAACCUCAUAAUUAAUGUGGUUUCUGGAGGAAAUAAUAAACCUUCUUUGGUAGGAACCUGGGAGAAGGAAACAAUCUCAACAAAGCAGAAAUCAAUUUUCAAUGAGAGACAAAUUUCUAGAGAUGGAUGGUCGGAAGACAUGUUCGAGAGGCAAAGAAACAACAUUCUUCCUGGCAAGAGAAAGAAAGCAAUUAUACAAGAGGAAAACAGAAGAAAUGAAUCCAUUCCUGCUGAAGCUGGAGGAAAGGGAAAUUCAGGAGCUUCGGGAACAAAAAACAUUUUCAGUUCACAAUACAUUGAACCCGAAUUGGGUAAUAAACAGUCAACUAGCAGUUAUUCGUGGUCUCAGAAGUCUUCAUGGAAAAAACUUGUUGGAGGGGAGAGCAACAGUGCAUUCAGUCUCUCCAAUCUCUUGUCUGGAAUUUCUUCUAACCAAGAAAAGCUAAGUGGAUCUAACCUUGCUAACAAUAACAACCUGAAUGUAGAAAGGAAUAAGAACUUGAAAGGCCGAUCAAGCAAAGCAGAUUUAGUAGCAGAGCAUUCAGAGGAUCAAACCAAAAAGCUAGAUGUAAUUUUGAAUAAAUCAGAUGGGCCAACCCACGAUUUGGUCAAGGAGCAGGUAGAUAUUGCCCCUCCUAAGAAAAAGAGGAAAAUAGUUGUCCACAAAGAAAGUGGAACAAAUGGAGUGAAGCCUGCUGACCCUGAUAAUGAGGGGGAUUUACAAAUUAAUGCAGAUGGGAUUGGAACAGAAAUAAUCUCAGGAGGUCAACCCACUGAACCAGAUCUCAGAACCAAGCACUCAGCUAGUGAAUCAUUCAGUGUCUCAGGCUCAUUCACGGGCACUGCUUGUGUAAAAGGAGACCAGUUUAGAUCCGAAUCUGAUACUCCUAGUGCACCUAAAUCCUAUGACAGCGAGAUACAGAUUUCAGCUAGGGAUAAGGAUGUGGGAGGCCAAUCAUGUGAAUCAGAGAGAGCAGAGGGAGGUGCAGAAGCUCAGCCUGCCAAAUCAGAUGCAGCUUCAAAUAAAUCAGGGAGAGGUUCUUCAUGGCUCCAUAAAUUAUCAUGGACUCAGUUACUCAAAGAGAAGGAUACUUCAUUCAGUAUAACUCAAAUUCUACCAGAUGCUACCUUUGAGAAGCAUGAGCAAAUAGGACUGAGCAAUGUGGACGUUUUAAAUUUCAAUUCCAACAAGCUGACUGAUUUUGUGAAUCAAGGUAACAUUCAACCUAGUGUCAAUGAUUCUCCAGCUCUAGGAAUCUCCACCGAGGAAAAUACUGUACAGCAUACAUCAGAAAAUAGUCAAGAGACUGUUGUGGGCUGCAAUGACGAGGCUUCAGCUCCAUUAGUCAACAGAGAGCAGGAACCUGCAUCAAAGACGCCGUUUAGUGGAAAUACGAGCAUUGGUGAAACUUGCUCGUUUAUGAGAAGUGCAGCUUCAUUGAAAAAUUGGGCUAGUGCUAAGAAAUCACUGAGUGGUUCUCGAAAGAGAAAAUUAGAUGAAAAGCAGUAGAUGCUUCAAACGCAGCAGCCCUGCAGAGAUAGAGCUUCUCUGGACUGACCUUCACAAAAAAAUCAUGCCUUGUUGCGAACUUCUCAAGAACUUUUGAGGCAGGUAAAUUUUACUGGUUGACAUAAGCUUAAUGAGUGUAAUUUUCGGAUGGGAGCCUUUUUUUUUUCUUCUAAUUCUGAUCCUGUUUCUUUGUCGAUGAUGAGAUUUUAACUUAUGACUUUCAAAUGGAAUACGAGAAUUUUAAUCA